AUGGCUGUCGUUGUCUUCCUCACCCUAGCUGCGCUGGGCAUUGUCCAGAACACACUGCAGCCGGGUGAAGAGCUGCACGUGGCCACGUACAGGCUCGUGCAGCACCUCGCACAGCAGCUGAGCUGGAAGAUGACUCAGCUGCUGCAGGAUAUAGAGCAGACCCAGGAGCAGAAUGGGGUGGCCAGGAAAGUCUUGCUCCUCGCUACCUCCCAGCAACGGUGGUUCUGGGCCUCUGCUCUUGGGGCAGGAGCCCUGCUCCUGCUCCUGUGGCUCUGCUGGAGGACCAGAAAAAGGAGCCAUAAGCCAGGAAGUGGCUGCAAGCAGGUCAGCCCUGGAAGUCAAGGCGAGGAGGAGGAGGAGGAGGAGGUAGAAGAAGACGGCGACGAUGACGACGACUCUGGUGGCACAGGGGAUCUGGGCAGAUGUGUGGUCGAUCGCAUCCAGUGGCCAGUGUCGUACAUGGCUGACACGUGCAAGUUGGUGGAGGAGCUGGUAGAUGAGCUUCUUAGUGCCUGCCAAAGACUUUCCGGGAAUAACUUCAAGCCACGGCUGCAGCCAGCCAUUGGGGUGGGCUGUGUCUAUGAAGGGUGGAGUGCCUGGGAGGACAAUGUCCUCUACCGCCUGCUCGUGCCCCUGCAGCCUCCCCCUGGGCACGCCUUCUGCUUGGAGCCGGGCACCGCAAAGGAGACGCUGACCAGCGACUCCUGCCUCCGUGUGCAGCUGCAGUGCAUGUGCCUAAGGGAGCAGCUGGUGGAGGACGUACUGUGCUUCCUCCACCACAGCAAGGAUGAGCUGAAAAGUCAAGGCCCCAGCCUUCUCAACACCCUUUGCACCGACUCGUACUUAGACAUCGAGAAAACCGCCUGCUGGUUCCAGAUGUUGGUGAAAGACGCCUGGAAGCUUGUGCCUCAGUCACGCUGCUGCCAGCUGACAGUGCUGCCUACUACACGCUCCUGCAAGCUCAGGCUAACGAAUGGACAGGAAACCUUGUCCAUUCAGGUGAUUUUUGGGGUGCCGCUAGACGACUCAGACUCCUUCCUGAGCCUUGAGUAG